CGCGCUGACGGAGAUUUGUGCGCAGUAGCAAAAUACGCGCGCGAUCGAGUAGAGUGAGUAGUGAAGUAGCUAGUCUUGUGAGACGAACAGAGACGAAGUUGAGGUAACUUCGGCUUGGGUUACUCGGAUAUCAGCGACGCGCACGGUGGUCGCCUGGUCGCUCGCGUCGGAUGUUUCGAGUUCCAAUGAUUGAUACCACGAUCAGCUGUGUGCUACUCCAUGCUACUCUGUGCGCGCUCACGACAAGGCACACUGUGGCGAGGGAUGUGCGAGGUUUGCUGAAGAACAACGCAACUCGCUGCUGAUUCCGCGCGCGCGACGGAUUAUCGACGUGCGUGAAGGAGGCGUUUAUUUAUUUGGUACCAGUACCGCCAAGAUGGUAGAGCCUAUUUUCGAUUAUCAGUUUCGGCUGAUACUAAUCGGUGAUAGCACGGUUGGGAAAAGCUCUCUUCUCAAAUAUUUCACCGAUGGCAAGUUCGCGGAGCUUUCGGAUCCAACUGUUGGUGUGGAUUUUUUUGCACGCUUAAUAGAAGUCAAAGAUGGUACAAGGAUAAAGUUACAAUUAUGGGAUACAGCUGGUCAAGAGAGAUUUAGGUCAAUUACAAAAUCUUACUACAGAAACUCUGUAGGAGCGCUCCUUGUGUAUGACGUUUGUAAUAGAGCAAGUUUUGAGCAUAUUCCCCAAUGGAUGAUGGAGGCUCGCAGACAUAUCGAGCCUCAUCGCCCAGUUUUUGCUCUAGUAGGCUGUAAACUGGAUUUAGUAACUAAUGGUGGUAGACGAGAAGUAUCCAAGGAAGAAGCUAGAGCGUUUGCUGACGAGCACGGUGUACAUCAUAUUGAGACCAGUGCUAAAACUGGUGUAAAUGUUGAAGAAGCUUUUCGAACGGUUACGCAAGAAGUUUACAAUAGGAUACAAACCGGUGAAUACAAGGUAGAGGAUGGUUGGGAUGGCAUUAAAACUGGAUUUGCUAGGCCUGGUGGGUUAGAUUUUAAUCUAGUCGAGGCGGAGCCCGCGAAGAGCUCAUGUUGUUAGGUCUAUUUUGAUUUAGUUUUAGAAUGUCAAAAAAAUUUAAGAAUGCAGAUGGAAUAGUUAUUUCGGUAGAAUAUAUUAAAUAUAUAAUUUAAUUAAUUAAUGCGCAUAUAUAAGCAUAUUGUAAU